AUGGCGGCGCUGCGGCUCCUGGCGUGGGCGCUCGGGCGCUGCGUCCCCGCCGGCCGCCCGGUGCCCGCGCUGUGCCAGGCCCGCGCCCGCCGCUUGGCCACCAGCCCGCGUCCCCGCGCCAGAUUCUGCACGGACCCGGUGGAGACGGUGAGGGACAUCUCUGACGGGGCGACCCUCCUGGCCGGGGGCGCCGGGGUGCCCGCCCUGCACACGCCCACCGGCUGCGUCCUGGUGCAGGUGGGGGGCGUCCCCGUCAGGUCCCCGGACGGCCACCGCGCCGUCAUCAGCGAGCCCAGGGAGGUGCGGGAGGCCGGCAAGGAGCACCCCCUCCCGGAGCCCCUCAGGGCCGACUCGGCCCGUCGGACUGCAAGGCCGAGGGCCGGCAACGUCGCCUUCAGGAGAAGCGCCAGGAACUGGAACGCGCCGUGCGCACAGCUGCGACGUCACGCUGCGGAGGGGGUGGGCCUCGCGGACGUGGGCACUGUUGGCUCAGAACAUCCACGUCCCAAUAUUUAUGUAGAUCGCGUGACAAAGGGGCAAACAUGUGAGAAGAGAAUCGAGCUGACGAUCCGGAAAGAGGAGGACGAAAAAGCCACUGCGGGAGACGAGAAGGACGCGGGUCAUAAACGGGCCGCUCUUGAGCUUGCGGACGGCCUGUCUGUCGAUCUGGGCACAGGAGUCCCUGUGCUGGCCGCAACCGCAUCAGCCAUGACUGUCCACCUUCACAGUGAAAACGGUGUCCGGGGCUUGGGCCGUUUCCUGGACACGGAUGUCAUCGACGCGGGCAAGCGGACGGUCACGGUGCUUCCCGGGGGCUCUUUUUCCUCCAGCUAUGACUCCUUUGUCAUGAUCCGAGGGGGACACAUCCAGGUCACCAUACUGGGAGCCAUGCGAGUCUCCAAAUACGGUGACCUGGCCAAGUGGAUGAUACCCAGGAGGAAGGUGGAAAGAAUUGGCGGUGCCAUGGAUUUGGUGUCCAGUCUCAAAACAAGAGUGGCGGUCACCAUGGAGCACUGCACGAAGCAAAAUGCCCCCAAGAUCCUGGACAGCAGCGCCAGGCCGCUGACCGGGACGCGGUGCAUGGACCGCAUCAUCACCAAGGCCGUGUUUGAUGUGCACAGCAGGAGGCGGCCGACGCUGAUUGAGCUCUGGGAGGGCCUGACAGUGGACGACAUCAAGAGCAGCACGGGCUGUGCCUUCGCCGUGUCCUCGAACCUCAGGCCCAUGCAGCAGGUGGCGCCCUGA